AUGUCUCUGAAUCCGCUCCGCUCUUUCGCCGCGUCUGAAGCUUCGGAUCAGCCAGCCCACGCCCGCCAGCUCGCCGGAACGCUCCAAUAUCGCUCCAAAUGGCUCUUGCUGCCUACAGGAAUGUCUUGCGUGCCACCCGGCUCGCCUUUCAAGGUGCAAUUUCUCCCGGCGCAAUCCCCCCCCCCCCCAAGGUUUGCCCUUUCUGACUUUACCGCCGCAGGCGAUGCCGCCAUCUUGUCCGCCUCUCGGAUGAAGGCGAGGGACGACUUCGAUGCAAACCGGGGCCUCGAUGCCAAUGGCGAAGAUGCGGAGAAGGCCGUGACCUACGCAAACGAAGUGGCCAAAGUUUUGAGAGAGAACGUUGUUCAAGGACGAGCCGGCGACCAUGGCCGAUACCAGCUGAGGAUUCACGAGCACACGGAACGCGGCGACAACGAGACUAUCAAGCAGAACAAGGGAAAGAAUACGCUGUCAGGCGUGAAGUGCUGUUCAGCUUGA